GUGGAGCUGACGGGCAGCAGCCUCUUCGACUACAUUCAUCCGGGGGACCACUCCGAGGUGCUGGAGCAACUGGGGUUGCGGGCCCCGACCCCCGGGCCCCCCACCCCGCCCUCCGUACCCUCCUCCUCCUCCUCCUCCUCGUCGUCCUCCUCGCUUGCGGAUACCCCUGAGAUCGAGGCCAGCCCCACCGACGUGCCCCCCUCCUCCCGGGUCCAGGAGCGCUCCUUCUUCAUCCGCAUGAAAUCCACCCUCACCAAGAGGGGGCUGCACGUCAAGGCCUCAGGGUACAAGGUCAUCCAUGUGACCGGUCGCCUUCGGGCCCGCGCCCUGGGCCUUGUGGCCCUUGGCCACACAUUGCCCCCGGCCCCACUGGCUGAGCUGCCGCUGCACGGACACAUGAUCGUCUUCCGACUCAGCCUGGGUCUCACCAUCCUUGCUUGUGAGAGCAGAGUCAGCGACCACAUGGACCUGGGGCCCUCGGAGUUAGUGGGCCGCAGCUGCUACCAGUUUGUCCACGGACAGGAUGCAACCAGGAUCCGCCAAAGCCACCUGGACCUGCUGGACAAGGGCCAGGUGAUGACCGGUUACUACCGUUGGCUGCAGCGCGCCGGGGGCUUCGUGUGGCUGCAGUCCGUGGCCACCGUGGCCAUGAGCGGGAAGAGCCCUGGAGAGCGCCACGUGCUCUGGGUCAGCUACGUGCUCAGUCAAGCCGAGGGGGGCCAGAUACCUCUGGACGCCUUCCAGCUUCCAGCCAGCGUGGCCCAUGAGGACACGUCCAGCCCGGAGCCAGCACCCACGGAGCCAGAGCCUCCAGUGGAAGGAAAGCAGGCCGUCCCCCCGCAGGAGGACAAGGCCCCCCCGCCCCGGGGCAAACCCAUCAAAGUGGAGCCCGGCCCGGGGGAGACUGAAGACCCGGAGGCCAGUGGGGAAGAGAAGCCGUCCGGCCACCUGGCCCCAACGAGGCCCGAGUUCACGUCGGUCAUCCGGACGGGGGCCCUGAAGCAGGACCUGGUGGGGCCGUGGGGCCUGGCGCCUCCUGGGGACCCCCCACCUUCCCUCCUGCACACUGGCUUCCUGCCCCCCGUGGUGCGGGGCCUGUGCACGCCUGGCACCAUCCGCUACGGCCCUGCCGAGCUGGGCCUCGUGUACCCGCACCUGCAGAGGCUGGGCCCGGGCCCCACCCUCCCCGAGGCCUUCUACCCCGCGCUGGGCCUGCCCUACCCGGGGCCCCUGGGCACCAGGGUGCAGCGGAAAGGGGACUGAGGACUGGAACAGCCCCCAACGUGGCCGGACCUGGGGGAUGGGUGGGGACCAGGGCUCUCAGCCCCGGUGAAUUAAACGCCUGC